ACAGCAGAUGGAAAAUACAAACUUAUAUCUUACAAAUUCAACGUUCUAACGUGAUGUCGAGCAUUUACAAGGAGCUGAAAUCAGAAUGGUCAAAGGCCUCACCGAAUUUAGCGCAUUGCGGCCAGCUCUUGAACUCACUUAAGUUGGAGAUGGUUCGCUCUGGCUACGUAGACGUUGAGGACGAGGGCAAAGUAAAUCCCCAGCAAAAACAGGAGCUGCAGAGGUCACGGGAUAUGCUGGAAAUAGCUAUUGAGCACAGCAUUAAGGUUAAAGACAAUGCCGCCUUUGAGCGAUAUAUGACACAGCUAAAGAUGUACUACUUUGAUUAUGACAAGCAUCUAGACUCCUCGCAUCAGAUGCACAAAUUCAUGGGUCUCCAUUUGCUCUAUUUGCUGGCCACCAAUCGCAUUGCCGACUUUCAUAUUGAGUUGGAGCGUUUACCGUCGGCUCUGCUUCUGCAAAACCCUUUUAUUUCGCCGGUGCUGGCGUUGGAGAACUACUUCAUGGAGGGACGGUACAACAAGAUCUUGCAGGCAAAGAAGUCGAUGCCAUCUGAAUUGUAUGCUGAUUUUAUGGAUCUAUUGGUGGAUACGGCCCGGGAGGAGAUAGCCUCAUGCUUGGAAAAGUCUUAUGGCAAGAUCGCCGAAAAGCAGGCAGCACUACGCUUGGGUCUCAAGCCCGGGGGCCACGAGAUGCAGGCUCUGGUCAGAAAACGGAAAUGGACCCUAGAUGAGGAUGGAAAUUUCAACUAUACCGAUCUACACAUGAGGCAAAAGGAGAAAGUGCCGGCAAAAGAUAUCGCUGUUCAUACGCUGACAUACGCCCAGGAACUAGAGAAAAUUGUUUGAAGUUAUAGCAAAAAAAGCGUUACACGUUAAUCCAAUCAACUAGAAAAUGAUGGCCUGAAAUAUAGUUGGUUUUUCCGAAA